AUGGGGUCCAUGUUCAGGAGUGAGGAAAUGGCCUUAUGUCAACUUUUCAUACAGCCAGAAGCCGCUUACGCAUCUGUGGCUACAAUGGGUGAAGCAGGAGUUGUACAAUUUCGAGACUUAAAUAGCGAAAUGAACGUCUUCCAGCGAAAAUUUGUCAGCGAAGUACGACGUUGUGAUGAAUUAGAACGUAAAUUACGCUACAUUCAAGCUGAAGUGCACAAAGACCACGUGCAUGUCCCUGUACCCGAAAGCAGCGUUUUCCCAUUCGCUCCUAAUCCAAGGGAAAUAAUUAACCUAGAGUCACAAUUAGAGCGCACAGAGAGCGAAAUUUUAGAGCUUAGCCAUAAUGCCGUUAAUCUAAAGUCUAACUACCUCGAGCUCACAGAACUUAGACAUGUUCUUGAAAAAACCCAUGCAUUUUUUGAAGAGCUUGAUAUGGAUUUCUUAGACCAAGAUGGUGUCAGUACAUCAGGCACAGAUUCUCUAACAAAAGCUCUAAUUAGCGAUGAAGCUCUAAAUAGUCAGUCCCAAGUCACUCGGGGCCGUCUUGGGUUUGUUGCCGGAGUCGUGCCCCGAGAACGAGUACCUGGUUUUGAGCGUAUGUUAUGGCGUAUUAGCCGAGGAAAUGUAUUUUUACGGCGGGCAGAACUCGAAGAUUCGCUUGAAGACCCAUCUACAGGAAACGAGAUUUUCAAAACUGUAUUUGUUGCGUUCUUCCAAGGAGAACAGCUCAAGUCACGGGUUAAGAAAGUCUGCUCGGGGUUUCAUGCGUCAUUUUAUAAUUGCCCAAGUGCACAUUCUGAGAGACAAGAGAUGUUAAAGGGCGUUAAAACAAGACUAGAAGAUUUGAAUAUGGUGCUAAAUCAAACAAGAGACCAUAGACAACGUGUGUUGACAACUGUAACAAAAGAUUUGCAUAAUUGGGGUGUUAUGGUUCGCAAAAUGAAAGCUAUCUACCAUACCCUUAAUUUAUUCAAUAUGGACGUUACCAAAAAGUGUCUAAUCGGUGAAUGUUGGAUACCAAUAAAAGACUUAGCAUUCAUCAGACACACAUUGGCUGAAGGCAGUAAAGCUGUAGGAAGCUCAAUACCUUCGUUUUUAAACAUAAUCGACACUAAUGAAAAUCCACCAACGUUCAAUCGAACUAAUAGGUUCACACAGGGCUUCCAAAAUUUGGUGGAUUCAUACAGCGUCUCUGGUUAUCGAGAAGUUAAUCCUGCCUUAUACACUAUAAUUACAUUUCCGUUUCUUUUCGGGGUAAUGUUUGGUGAUGCUGGCCAUGGAAUAAUUUUAACAGCAUUUAGCGCAUACAUGGUCAUCUAUGAACAACAAUUGUCUAAAACAAAGUCUUCUAAUGAAAUUUGGAACAUAUUUUUUGGCGGUCGCUACAUAAUCUUGCUCAUGGGAUUUUUUUCAAUAUACACUGGAAUUAUAUAUAAUGAUGUGUUUUCAAAAUCCAUAAAUUUGUUCGGCUCCAGUUGGUCAAAUAAUGAAAGUCCAAGUUCUAUCAUUGGAAACAAAAGUAUCACUUUAGAUCCUGCUACCGCAGAUUAUUCACAGAAACCUUAUCCAUUGGGACUAGAUCCAGUUUGGCAGAUUGCUGUUAAUAAAAUAAUAUUUCUUAACUCGUACAAAAUGAAAUUAUCAAUAAUUUUUGGAGUCGUACACAUGAUGUUUGGCGUUGUACUCAGUGUUGUCAAUCACGUGCAUUUCAACAAAAAAAUCAACAUACUUUUACAGUUCAUACCUCAAAUGUUAUUUUUGGUAUUGUUAUUUUUGUACAUGGUAUCUUUAAUGUUCAUGAAAUGGAUCUGGUAUGGUCCUAAAAAUCCCUUAAAGACCAGCCCUAGAUGUGCACCAUCUGUACUUAUUAUGUUUAUUAAUAUGAUGCUUUUCAAACACACAAAACCAUUCGACGGAUGUGACGAAUAUAUGUUUGAAGGACAAGAUCGUUUACAAAAGAUCUUUGUUAUAAUUGCUAUGCUAUGUAUCCCGGUAAUGUUGUUUGGCAAACCAUUAUAUAUAAUUUUGUAUGAGAGACGCCAUAAGAAACAUACGUCGGAUAGCUGCGGAGAGUUGAACGGAAGCAUUGAACUAAAAGAAACUGAAUUAAGUGGCAUGCUCAGCGAGGCUGCUGGUCACGAGGAGGAAGAACCGGCUUCUGAAAUAUUCAUUCAUCAGUCCAUUGAAACUAUCGAAUACGUGUUGAGCACAGUUUCACAUACAGCUUCGUAUCUUAGGCUUUGGGCGUUAUCUCUAGCACACGCACAACUAUCUGAAGUAUUGUGGAACAUGGUUUUGAGAUUGGGCCUGACCAGCGAAACGCAUUGGGGUGCUAUCAAAUUAUAUAUAAUGUUCAGCGUGUGGUCUAUGUUCACCCUAGCGAUAUUAGUCAUGAUGGAAGGCUUAUCGGCUUUCCUACACACUCUAAGGUUGCAUUGGGUGGAAUUCAUGAGCAAAUUCUACGUUGGCAACGGACACGCAUUCCAGCCAUUUUGGUUCAAACAUGUACUCGAAAACGAAGAAGCUGUCGAGGACUGAAGUUUGCUUCUCGUAUAAUACUUAAUUGUUUCACCCUGAUACUUGAACUUCUUUUUUAUUUUAUACCAGUUAGAUUUUUAAAUGUAUAAAAAUAAUUUUUAAUUUUUUUGAUUCGUUAUUGUUAUACAUAAUAAUAUGUUUAUCGUUGUUAAAUACUAUGUUGUAUCGAGUUUGUUAAGGGUAGGCCUUCUCUAUAUAUUGUAUUUUUAUUUUGCACUGCCACUAACUUACUGAAAAACGCCUUUAUUGCUUGUAUUCUGUGGCCAUCAUAUUAUUGCUAAAAUGAUUUCAACAUUUUUUUAUUGCGUAUAUCAUAAUAUCACAUUUUUAUUAUCCAUGUCAAAAAUUCAAGGUAGCUUAUAUAUAUUUAUAAAUAAUUAUAUUUAAAACUGCUACUCUUCGUAAUUAAGUAUACUUGAUACAGGUGGACACUGUAUGUCGCGGUUAUUUUUCUCUUUAGUUUUUAUUGUUGUACAGGGUCCUGACUUAUGAUACAUCUUUAUACGAUAAUAACUUGUUAGGUAGGUAACUUAUAUAAUUUACCCUUCGUGUUAUUUUUGCUAUCAUACCAACACUACCUACACAUCUUUUUUAUGUAUGGAACAAAAUGUUCUUGCAUGGUGCAUACUAUAAUUAUUGAUUCAAUAGUGUAACAUAGUUUGUCUAUAAUUCAUAACAAUAUUUUAAAAUACAAUUGUGAACAAUUUAAAAUUUACUUGACAAUCAUUUUACAUACAUUUUUGAAAUAAUAUUCAGUGCCUUAAUAUAUUGCUUCAAAUAUUUAAAUUGUAUAUAUAAUUAUACCCAUGUAUACAGAGUGAUUCACUAAACAUGCUCAAUACUUUUGUGAUUAGAUAAUGGCAUUUCUAUUACCCCCAUCACUAUUAUUAUAUAUUAUACUAUAUUAUAGAGAGCGUGUUUAGCAAACCACAUUGUGUAAAGGUAUUAUGUAUCAUGUACAUCGUUAAUUUUUAUUAAUUCAUUACAUUCGAUUAGUAUUCUAAAUUAAGAUUAAGAUAAAUUUUGCCAAUUACUUCAUAGGUAAUUACUAUAAUAAACAUAACAUUUUUAGAUUUAAUUAAAAUAUUUUUAUUUAUUUUUGACAAUCGAAUUAAUAGGACGUACUACUAGGUGCUUUUAUAUUGACCGUGUGUAUCUAAUAAUUAUUCACACGGAAAUUAAUUAGUUUCAGAAAAUAAAUUUAUAUAUUUGUGUCUGACAAUCCACUUUUAAACUUCGAACAUAAUCAUGCAUUUUCAUAAUAUAAUACGUCGUACAUAUAUUUUUUAAUUUAUCUUAUUUUAAACAGAUGUUAUACCUUAUGCAUAUGAAGCAAUACGUUUUAAAAUUAUUAUUAUUAUUGUUCAUAUAAUCAUUUAUAUUAUACAGGUACAUAUUUAAUUAUAAAAAUAUCUAUAUUUUAUAACAAUCGCAACGAUGGACUAAAUAAAAACUAAAAAAAAUUAUUUAUACAUUGUAUACAAAUUAUGAUCGAAUCUUUUUAACGUUUGUGAAAAUUUAGAAAACGUCGUUUCGCUGUAUUAUUUAAUUUUGAAUACACUAAAAUGGGGUUCACCGGGAUGUUAUAUGAAGCAUACGAUGCAACACUUAAUGCUGUUUACAACUCGAUGUCCUUGUCUAAUUUGUAUAAGCACCUCAACUAUUUUUAACGGUCCACCGUUGCCCAAUUGUUUUUUCUAGCAAUAAUAUUAAUUAUUUAUUAAUAAUACAUAUUCUAAAUAUAGAUUUUAUCUUGUUUUUUAUACAAAUUAUAUGUUAAUUCUAUAUCGAUUACAGAUUAUUAUAUAUAUUAUUAUAUUAUAAUACAUAUUUAUAUAGUUGAGUAGGAUCUUACAUAAUAAUAAUAGUAUAAUUUAGAAUUAUUUAAUAAAGUUAUUUAAACGUAUAUAUUGUUAUUUAAAACAUAGCUAUACAGACAUUUACCGUCAUUCGUAUAUACCUAAUGCUCAAUAAUCAGAAUUUAAUAUUAGAUAAAUUCGAAUUUAGAUUUUAUUUUAACGACGAAAAAAUAUUAGGUUUAGUUCAUUUUCGUGUACAUAAAAAUACAAUAUAUUAUAAUUAUUCGAUAAAAAAAAAAUAAUUGUAAUAACAUAUAGAAUGUACCUUAUACGAAUCAUUUAUGACAUCAAUAUAAAAUAUUAUAUUAUCUUGUAAAGCUUAUUUGUUUUUGUCGUAUAUAUGCCAAGUGAUUUGUAAAAUACGAAACGUAAAAAUCGGAUUUGAAAACAAAAUUGUGAUUUAGAAAUAAUAUCACAAAACCAUAUUAAAAAUAAAUAAGAACCUACGUGUUAGACUGUGACCAUUUUGAAUGACAAAAUUUUCAGUUUUCGCAGAUGAAAAUUUUCAUCCACAUGGCAAAGAAAUAGAAUUUUUUUUCUUUAUUAUUAAAUCUUAACUAUUAUAACUAUAGUUUAUAGCUUAAAUCGUAUCUAUUUAAACGUGUAUAUAUAUACACACAUACACAAUAGAUACGUAAUAUUGUAAUUUUUCUUCAGUUUUCACUACCUACCCAUUUUUCCAAUCCGCCCAGUCGUACAAUAAUUAAUUAUCGUUAUAGUAUUUAUAUUAUAUUGAAUUGAAUGUCAAUUGAAUACCUACAAUUGACCAUAUUUUUUUUUACCUAUACAGAUACCUGCAUAAUAUACGACCAUAUAACACUUAAACGUACUUAGUUAAAAUAUAAUAUCUAUUGUAUUUAUUUAUUAUUAUUAUUAUUUGAUUUAUUUGUUGUUAUGACACUUUAGUGGGACCAAAAUAAUAUAAUAUUCAGUACCUAAUCGUUUUUAUUG